AGCCAGUAUGUUCUCUCUCUCUCUCUCUCUCCCCACAUCCCCACCCUUCUUCCAAUCCAAGCUUUCUGUAGCUCAGCUUCAGCUCCUCCUCACAUUCCAGGCCUGCUGAAACUUCCCCUAAAAAUUCUCCAAAAUGGAGCCGUCUCUGCCCGUUGCAACAUACACUCUAAAAAGCUCAAAGCUGAAAGUCAAGGUUUUUGUUAUUUUCAUUUCUCUGGUCUUAUGCACAGCCAUACUGGGCCUGUUAAAGCUCAGGUUCUUAAAACACAGAGACUUUUAUUCCUUUGAAGUGAAGGAUUCAAAAGGAAGAACCAUCUCCUUGGAGAAAUAUCGAGGCAAAGCAACUCUGGUUGUAAACGUGGCUAGUUACUGCCAGUACACAGAAAAAAAUUACAUCAUGCUGCAGGAGCUCCAGAGAGAAUUCGGAUCAUCCCAUUUCACUGUCUUGGCCUUCCCCUGCAAUCAGUUUGGGGAAAUGGAGCCAGGCCAGAAUGAGGAGAUCCAUUUUUUUGCUAAAUCAAAUUAUGGAGUAACGUUCCCCAUCUUCAGUAAGAUAAAAAUUCUAGGAACUGAAGCAUCGCCAGCAUUUAAAUUUCUGAUAGAUUCUUCCAAAAAGGAACCUAAGUGGAAUUUCUGGAAAUAUCUUAUCAGCCCCGAAGGUAAAGUUGUGAAAUUCUUGAGGCCCGAAGAACCUAUAGAAAACAUCAAGUCAGAUAUAGCUGCACUGAUUAGGCAGAUCAUUUUAAAAAAGAGGGAAGACCUUUAAGGAAGCUACUGCGCUUUGUGGAUCCGUUUGGCAACUUCACCAUCCAGCCUUAGUACACUCCUGCUCAAAUAUGGCAAAUGCUGAACUUUCAAUGAUUUUUCUUGCCAUUUAGUGCCAUGAUAAACUUUGAUAAACAGAAAAUUCUUCUGUUUAGGACUAUUAAAGAUGCUGAGAGCAAGAGAAGCAAAGAGUCAAACAGUGCUCUAAGCACUUUACCCAACUGAGCCUUGGACCCUACAAACAUGUUGACCUUGGAUAUCCGGUUAGGAAAUCUAAUUAUCACCAGCAUAAGAGACGGAUAUGUAUUUUUUUAAGGGGGAAAGGUUUAUAAUGAAUAUUGCUUUCCCAAAGCAGUUCCUGCUGUGAUUUUAUACACACACACACAUACCCAAAAUGUGGUAUUGCGACUUUAGAGAGAGAGCCAAUUUGGUGUGGCGGUUAAGGCACCAGGCUAGAAAUGGUGAGACUGUGAUUUCUAGUCCUGCUUUGGACACGAAGCCAGCUGGGUGACUUUGGGCCAGUCACUCUCUCCCAGCCCCAGGAAGGAGGCAAGGGCAAACCACUUCUGAAAAUUG